AUGUCGAUUCUUUCGAGGACAGUGAGAGGGCUAGAUAAUUGGCAAAAUUGCCCGGCGCCAGUUUUGCCAGCGAAUGCAGAGAAAUUUAUUUGCUCCGGGAAGAAAUGCAGGGUAAAGUGCAAAGCAGGCUUCUAUCCGACCGGGAAACAACGAGUCAAAUGCCGCCUCAACCCCGAGAAGGGCAACUUCUGGACCUCUUCUUUCAACCCUUGCGCUACCUGCUCCGACCUCACUUCUCUUUCUACCUCCUCGUUUCUUUCCUCUUGCUCAGUCAACUCCGCUGGUGCCAAGAAAUGCACCGUUUCAUGCCCGCAAACUGAGCUUCUCUCGAUCGAAAACGAAAUUUACGACGAAAAAACGCUCAAAUGUCGCUGUCGCAGAGCCGAUUCUUUCCAAUGCUUUUGGUACAAACUUGAUCUUGAAAAGGUCAACGUUUCAAAGAUCAAAUGUUUGCCGGACGAAGCAACAACAACGACAACUACCGGUUCGAGCGUUCCAAUGACGACAACGGAGACAUGCACUCAGUUCGGUUUCUAUGAUGAGAUGAAUAACGUCGUUUGCUGCUCACAAAUCUCAAACUGGGGACCAGCUGAUUUUGCAGGUGGAAAUUGCUUUGGAGCACACACAACAACAACAACGACUACAACGACCACCACGACAUCCACGACAACAACGACAACGACGGAAGAUCCAACAACAGAGCUGCUUGCAACCACAGCUACAACAACUCAACCAUUCGUUUUUGAAAAUCUCAGCGACUUGAUUCCAAAUGGAUUGGAAACAUGCUCGAAUUUGGAAAAUGGAUUCGGAGGAGGGAGAAUUUUUAACGGCCAAGAAGUUGAUCCAUUUUCAUGGCCUUGGAUUGUCAAUAUGUUUUUUCAGACGGAAGCACAAAUGAGCCAAGGCGGCGCUUCCAUCUGCGGCGGAACCAUCAUCCAUUCCAACUGGGUUUUGACCGCUGCUCAUUGCUGUGAAGAAAAUGCACGUGUUUUUGGCCGCUUUGGUCAGCACAACAUGAAUGGAGCUGAUUCCGGAGAAUUCACACUUUCGUCUGAAAAUUUCAUAAUCCAUCAAGGGCGGACGGCUUCGGCGAGGAACAAUGAUUUCUGCUUGGUAAAGUUCGACAACUCGAUUAGUCAAGCGGGAGAGGAGAAUUGUUCUGGAAAUUGUGUCGCAAUUGCUUGUUUGCCAAGCGCUCCUGUUCCGAGUGGUCAGGCCUGCUGGGCGGCUGGAUGGGGAGUCACAGAGCUCAACAAUCUGUCAUCAAACUUACUCUCAGUUGGCCUCAACCCUCUUCCCCUCGACUACUGCUUGGAUAAAUCGCAUUAUUUUGCAUCGCAAAUUGCUAGCGAUAAUUUUUGCGCAGGAUUGCCCGAUUUGGAUGGCGAUGGCGAAACCGACCCAGGUAAGGACACGUGUCAAGGCGAUUCAGGUGGACCGUUGAUCUGUUCUGUCAACGGGAAAGUGGUUCUUACCGGAGUUACGAGCUGGGGAGCAGAAUGUGCUUUCGCAGGAAGACCUGGUGUUUAUGGAGAUGUGUUUUUCGUCCGAACUUGGAUCACCUCAUCAAUCAACUCAAACUGA